UCUCUCUCUCUCUCUUUCUCCCCGGCACUGGGCGUCGUAUUAUCAGGGGAGGUAUACGGACAUGUGCGCCCCUCCCUCCUCUUCCUUAUGUCUGGAUAAUAGCGGGUGUGAAGUGGAUUUGAACUUGCAGCCGGUGCUGAGAGGUGGAAGAGGUCCGAGCAGCACACAUCUGUUAGAGAGGAGCUGCUGAAACAAGCCUGUCACACUCUGUUUGCUUUGGGAAUUUCUUUUGGGAAAGUUUGAAGUGAUAAAACUAACAAGAGCAACUGGAUCUCUGGACUCUUGUUUUCUUAGGAUUAAAGAUUUUUGUUGAGAUGAUUCCACACGUCCUCACACACCUGCUCUGCUUCGUGUGUCUGAGCGCUGCUCGUCCUCAACCAGCACCGCCACACUCGAUGACGAUGCAGAAGAACCCCCCUGCUGCGACCGGCUCUCUGGCCGGCCGGGUGGUGCUGCCUUGUCACUUCUCCAUCACGCCGCUUUCCCCCAGCAGUUCGACAAACACUCCGUCAUACACCGCACGACCCCCAACUCCUCACGCCUCCCCGAGUCCCACGGAGGAGCUGAGGAUCAAGUGGUCGAAGCUGGAGGAAACGGAGGAGAAGGUGGUACUGGUGGCGCAGGGGGGCGUGGUAAAGGUGGGGCAGGACUACAGGAAGAGGGUGACGGUGCCCAGCCAGCCGCUGUUGCUAGGCGACGCCUCCCUGGUGAUGGAGCGGCUCCGGGCGAGCGACGCGGGGCUUUACCGCUGUGAGGUGAUGCACGGGAUGGAGGACUCCCAGGACACCGUCAGACUCAACGUCACUGGUGUCGUGUUUCACUACAGAGCCAACACCAGCCGCUACACUCUGGAUUUUCCUGGCGCUGUGGAGGCGUGCAGAAACGCAGGAGCGUCCAUCGCUACGCCCGAACAACUCAACGCUGCUUUUGAGGACGGCUUGGACCGCUGUGACGCAGGCUGGCUCGCCGACCAGUCAGUCAGAUACCCAAUCACAUUGCCCCGUCCUGGCUGUGAAGGUAAUCUGAUGAGCAGACCCGGAGUGAGAACGUACGGCGUCCGAGACCCCGCGGAGAAAUACGACGUGUACUGCUACGUUGAUAAAAUACAAGGCGAUGUCUUCUACCCCCCCUCCAUCAGAGAUAAGCUCACCCUGCAGCAGGCCCGAGACGAGUGCGUGAAGCAUGACGCCGUGUUGGCGUCGCCCGGUCAGCUGUACGCAGCCUGGAGGUCCGGGCUGGACCGCUGCGACUACGGCUGGCUGUCGGACGGCAGCGUGCGCUACCCGGUCACCGUCCCCAGGCCUCAGUGCGGAGGAAACCAGCUCGGGGUUCGCACGCUCUACAAGUAUGACAACCAAACCGGCUACCCCAACCCCAGCGACAGGCAUGGAGUUUUCUGCUUCAAGGAUUUCCUGCCAUGCACGAGUAGUGUGUGUCAGAACGGAGGCUCCUGCUUCAAAAGAAACGCCCAAAAUAUCUGCUUCUGUGCACCUGGAUACACCGGCCAGCACUGUGAAACAGAUGUGGAUGAGUGCCAGUCUAACCCCUGUCUGAACGGAGCCACCUGUCUGGACGGAGUCGGCUCCUUCACCUGUCUCUGCCUGCCCAGCUAUUCCGGAGAGCUCUGUGAACAAGACACUGAGGUCUGUGGAUUCGGUUGGCAGAAGUUUCAGUCUCACUGCUACAAGUACUUCACACACCGCCGGACGUGGGACGCUGCAGAGAGGGAGUGUCGGAUGCACGGCGCCCACCUGGCCAGCAUCCUGUCGCAGGAGGAGCAACUCUUCGUCAAUCGUCUGGGCAACGACUACCAGUGGCUCGGCCUCAACGACAAGAUGUUUGAGAGAGACUUCAGGUGGACGGAUGGCAAGCCGAUGCAAUACGACCACUGGAGGCCGAACCAGCCAGACAGCUUCUUCCAGUCGGGAGAGGACUGCGUGGUGAUGAUCUGGCACGAGAGCGGCCAGUGGAACGACGUGCCCUGCAACUAUCACCUGACUUUCACCUGCAAGAAGGGGACAGUCUCAUGUGGGCAGCCCCCUGUGGUGAAGGAUGCUCGCAUGUUUGGGGCCGUGAAGCCUCGCUACGAGAUCAAUACCCUGCUCCGCUAUCACUGCAAACAGGGCUUCAUCCAGAGACACGCCCCCACGAUACGCUGCCGGGCCAACAGCCAAUGGGACACGCCCAAAGUCACCUGCACAACCCCCGCGACCUACCACAAGUCGCUCGCUCUCCCGCGCCGCAACAACCAGAACAACGAGCAACAAAACCGGCACCAUAGCAAUCACAUCCAUCACACCGCGAGUCAUCAGAAACACAAUCAAAACCAAGAGCAGCAGCAGAGCUACAACUUCUUUCAACGCUUCUGGAACCCUUUCCAGAGGGAGAAGAGGCAACAACCGCAAACACACAGCGGGGAUCAGAUGAGACACUGAUUUUAGGGAGUUUGGGGGGUCUGUAAGAUUAGCUUAGCAGUGGCAGACAAACGCAGCAGGCUGGCGACGCCGGUCCAGAGGCAUCGGUAGACAGAGAGAAGGACCAAACUGUCUAUCAAUGGCUCUCUAAAGGACGAGGAGCGUGUUUCACCAGUACAUUGUCCCCCCAAAAAAACACUCCAGGAUCUGAACGGUAACACUGGUGAGAAGUUAGAUUCAUUUGUAAAGUUCGCAGCCUGGUUCAUAUCAAGUUUACGACGCUCCAAACAGAAAGACUGUCCCCAAAAACACUACACUCUAAGAAAUAUCUGUGUAAUAACAGUUGUAUGUCUGUGUAUUUUAACAGAAGUUGCCCGUAGAACUUGAUAACGUAGCUAUACACAACACGCCAUUAUCGUAAAUUAUUAACCAGUACUUGGAUUAGCGAGAGUCAAAAGUGCCCAAAAAAGUGUUCAAAGUGUUUAAAAAAGCAUCAAAAAAGCUUUAAAUUAAUUAAAGAACAGAUGUAAUGUCAGAAGCUUACUAACUGAGCAGCUUUGUUUGAGAGAAUUUUAAAUAACAGAAAACAUUCUAUAUUUUUAAUGCAGCUACACACAACAUUCCUGUUUUUAAUUACGGGACAAAGUCCGGGAAAUGAGCUGCCACAACUUUUUCUGUUAUUUUACGUAUUUAUUUCUUAGAGUGUACAGAAUCUGAACCAUCUGUUAAGCCCAGACCAAAGAUUCACGAGUUGAAACUUGUAACUUCUUGCAACGAGUCAGUCUGCAGCUUUCUGAAAGCUGCCAGUUUACACCAAUGAGACCAGACGGUGUAUCAUCUCCAUAGCAACGAAUCUUUGUACUUCCGACUUCAAGGCUUUUUCUAGCUGGAUAUAUCAUUUG